CCCCGCGGCCCUCCCUCUGCUGGGCUGGAGGACUAUUUUUACCCGAGAUACUUAGGCUGCAUCGACAAGUAUGGGUCUCCGCAUGCCAAAAACCCAGGCUUCGCCACCUGCGUGCAGAACCUGCCUGACCAGUGCACGCCCAACCCCUGUGAUAAGAAGGGGACCCAAGCCUGCCAAGACCUCAUGGGCAACUUCUUCUGCCUGUGUAAAGCCGGCUGGGGGGGCCGGCUCUGUGACAGAGAUGUCAAUGAAUGCAGCCAGGAGAACGGGGGCUGCCUCCAGAUCUGCCACAACAAGCCGGGCAGCUUCCACUGUGCCUGCCACAGCGGCUUCCAGCUCUCCUCUGACGGCAGGACCUGCCAAGACAUAGACGAGUGUGCAGACUCGGAGGCCUGCGGGGAGGCACGCUGCAAGAACCUGCCCGGCUCCUACUCCUGCCUCUGUGACAAGGGCUUUGCAUACAGCUCCCAGGAGAAGGCCUGCCGAGAUGUGGAUGAGUGUCUGCAGGGCCGCUGUGAGCAGGUCUGCGUGAACUCCCCGGGCAGCUACACCUGCCACUGUGAUGGGCGCGGGGGCCUCAAGCUGUCCCAGGACAUGGACACCUGUGAGGACAUCUUGCCGUGCGUGCCCUUCAGCAUGGCCAAGAGCGUGAAGUCCUUGUACCUGGGCCGGAUGUUCAGUGGGACCCCCGUGAUCCGACUGCGCUUCAAGAGGCUGCAGCCCACCAGGCUCGUAGCUGAGUUUGAUUUCCGGACCUUUGACCCCGAGGGCAUCCUCCUCUUCGCUGGAGGCCACCAGGACAGCAGCUGGAUCGUGCUGGCCCUGCGAGCCGGCCGGCUGGAGCUGCAGCUGCGCUACAAUGGCGUCGGCCGCGUCACCAGCAGCGGCCCGGUCAUCAACCACGGCAUGUGGCAGACGAUCUCUGUUGAGGAGCUGGCGCGGAAUCUGGUCAUCAAGGUCAACAGGGACGCUGUCAUGAAAAUCGCGGUGGCCGGGGACUUGUUCCAACCAGAGCGAGGACUGUAUCAUCUGAACCUCACCGUGGGAGGCAUUCCCUUCCAUGAGAAGGACCUCGUGCAGCCUAUAAACCCUCGUCUGGAUGGCUGUAUGAGGAGCUGGAACUGGCUGAACGGAGAAGACACCACCAUCCAAGAAACGGUGAAAGCGAACACGAAAAUGCAGUGCUUCUCGGUGACAGAGAGAGGCUCCUUCUACCCGGGGAGUGGCUUUGCCUUCUACAGCCUGGACUACAUGCGGACCCCUCUGGACAUCGGGACAGAAUCGACCUGGGAAAUAGAAGUCGUGGCUCACAUCCGCCCGGCCGCAGACACAGGGGUGCUGUUCGCACUCUGGGUCCCCGACCUCCGUGCCGUGCCUCUCUCUGUGGCCCUGGUAGACUAUCACUCCACAAAGAAGCUCAAGAAGCAGCUGGUGGUCCUGGCCGUGGAGCACGUGGCCUUGGCCCUAAUGGAGAUCAAGGUCUGCGAUGGUCAAGAGCACAUGGUCACCAUCUCGCUGAGGGAGGGUGAGGCCACCCUGGAGGUGGACGGCACCAGGGGCCAGAGCGAGGUGAGCGCCGCGCAGCUGCAGGAGAGGCUGGCCGUGCUCGAGAAGCACCUGCGGAGCCCCGUGCUCACCUUUGCCGGUGGCCUGCCAGAUGUGCCGGUGACUUCAGCACCAGUCACCGCAUUCUACCGCGGCUGCAUGACACUGGAGGUCAACCGGAGGCUGCUGGACCUGGACGAGGCGGCAUACAAGCACAGUGACAUCACCGCCCACUCCUGCCCGCCCGUGGAGCCCGCCGCAGCCUAGGCCCCCAUGGGAUGCAGCAGGCUCCUCAGCCUCUGUCCGAAACAGCGGAGGAGCAUGGGGGCUCCUCACCACGUGGGGCCACCUGAGAGCUGGGCUUUCCUCUGUGACCGUCCUGGUCUGUAACAUAUCUGUAAAUAGUGAGAUGGACGUGGGGCCUCUGACGCCGUGCACUCAGCCGCAGGCCCGGGCACGGGGAGGCCGGCGCAGGGCAGAGCGGGUUCGAAGAAAAUAAUUCUCUAUUAUUUUUAUUACCAAGCGCUUCUUUCUGACUCUAAAAUAUGGAAAAUAAAAUAUUUACAGAAAGCUUUGUAA